AUCGAUCUCGGAACGAGCCCACGGCGGCUGUUAUAUUCGCUCCUCCACGUCGAUCUUUGGCCCCGAAGAUUAUUUCCGUACAUUGAAACGCCGACGUCGCCCGAUAUCGUCUGUCGUGGAGCUGCAGUUCAUGGUUCGAGCUGUUUGACUGACUUCUCCAGACACGACGUCAUGAAUAGCUCGGCGAGUAUCCACUACACUGCCCUGACGUCGAACUAUUCGUUCACGUUGUUCAAGGAACUCGGCAGUUCAGUCGAAGGAAACGUUUUCGCUUCCACGUACAGCAUACAGUUCCUGUUGCUGCUCCUGGCCUUUGGAUCCAAGUCUAAGACCAACGACCAACUCAAAAAGGUCUUACACCUAUCCAAAGACAAAUCACCAAAUUACGAAAACAUCAAAUCGGUCAUUACAAGGCUCGAAGUCCCGGGGCAUUUGACCGUCGCCAAUGGAAUUUUCUCGGACAAAGCAUUCAGUUUAAAUCCAGAGUACACUAAAAAUAAUCAAAAGUACUUGAACUCUGAAGUGAAGAGUGUCGAUUUCUCCGGAAAUCCUGCAUCCGGGGUGUCGGAAGUUAACAAAUGGGUUAAUAGCAAAACCAAUGGGAAAAUUUCGGAAAUUUUCAAACCAGGUGACAUUAACAAGGACACGGUGUUGGCUUUAGUGUCGGCCGUACACUUUCAAAACUCGUGGAAAUCACCAUUCACGGCGACGAAGAACUCGAGCUUCUGCCUCACGCCUACGAAACACAUCGAUAUCAAAAUGUUGCACCAAACCGGUCACUUUAAAUACUAUAAGGAUGAACACUAUAAGUUCUCGGCCGUCGAAAUACCGUACAAAGUGGGCGGUUACGAGAUGCUCAUCAUAUUGCCAGACAAGAUGGACGGAGUAAAGGACUUGGAAAACGUGUUCCUUAAGAAAUCCAAAAACUACGCUUACUUGCUGGGCAACAUGACCGUCUACAAUGUCGAGUUGGACGUACCGAAGUUUAGGUUCAAAUCCGAUUUGAAUCUCGAAAAAACCAUGCAAAACUUGGGUUGCACCGAAAUGUUCACGCCCAGCGCCGAUUUCUCCGAGCUCAGCUCGUCCGCCGCUGGAAAGCUGAGGGUCAGCAGCAUGAAACACAAGACUUACGUGGACGUCAACGAAGACGGAACGGAAGCCGCGGCCGUCACCGGUGCCAGCAUAGCCAACUACAAUCUGGAAUACGUUCCGGCCAACAUCAAGAAGGUCAAGUUCCACGCUUGUCAUCCGUUCUUGUUCAUCAUCAAGAAAGACAGAGACAUCAUUUUCAUGGGCAGACUGUCCGACCCGACAGCGUAAAGAGCCACACUUAUGUUAUCACGACGCUGCAGUGAUGCACGUAUAUUAUAGCACUGUGUAAUAACGAGAUACUUGUAUAAUACGAUAAUAUAUGAUAAGGUUUCUGCCAUUUUUUUUACGUCGAUAAUGAUGAUCGUAAUUUUUAUAAUAUAUAUAUAGGUUUUUUAAAGAGUCAUAAUAUUAUACAGAACGAAAAUCAAAGGAAAGCAUAUUACUAUUUUGUGUGCCAAAAAUCUUACGGUAUAAUAAUAUAAUAUACGGGUGAUUUUGUAAUCAUGCGAACAAUAUAUUUUUAUGCCUACA